UUCGUGUAUGAUAUGAAGAAGCUAGCUAAUUUGGGUUGUAGUCAAAACCAUAAGCAUAUGGAUGAAGUAUUACCUUCUGUUAUGUGAUAUAUUUUUUAUUUCAGAAAGCUAAAAUCGUCCAUUUAUUUGCAUCUUGAAAACUAUAAAAUCUCUAAUUUGACUGGACAGGGUGAUUCAAUGGAAUGGAUUGAUGAGCAUACUACCAUUGUUUGUCAAUUGUUUGCCCAACAAGUGGUGAAAGGAAAUAGGCCAAAUACCCAUUUGAACUCCGUAGGCUAUGACGAAGUGAUCCAGUUGUUUCGCCAAAUAACUGGAAUUGAGUUGAGUAAGCGACAGCUCAGGAAUAAGUGGGAUAAGAUGAAGCCUGAUUUUGUGGCAUGGCAAAAAUUAAUGAGGCAGCAAACUGGAACAGGAUGGGAUCACUCAAGAGGUGUGAUUGUAAUGGAUGAUGAGUGGUGGAGAAAGGCAAAAAAGGAUAUUCCUGGAUGCGGCAAGUUUAGGAAGAAACCCUUGCAGAAUGUAGAUGACCUUAACAUUAUGUUUUCUGACAUUAUUAAUGAUGCAUCCGAUCAUUGGAAUCCUAUGAGUGAGAACCCCAUCAUACCUGAGCACAUGACUGAGGAGGUCCAGGAAGAUAAUCUUGUAGUUGAUGAUGAAGAGGUCCAAGAGACCCCCAUGGAGGAAAUGAAUGACGAGGCCCAGGAGUGCCAUGAGGUUUCUCCUUCCAUUGGUAUUGGAAAGAGAAGAUCUCGGGCUGUUCUUGACAAAGGCAAGAAAUCAAAGAUAGGGACAGCACUUGUUAUUCAAGAACAAAUCACCAAGAUUGCUGAGUCAGCCUCCUCUUUCACAUCAAAAAAGUCAAAUGAAGUAACCGUGCAACAAAUCAUGGAUCUAGUUUUGGAUUGUGGGGCAGAUUAUGGUAGUGAUGAGCAUUUUAUUGCUAUAGAGUUAUUUGUCAAAAAGGACCAAAGGGACAUGUUUAUGACCCUACCAAAUAAAGAGUUUAGGUUUAAUUGGCUUAGGAGAAAGUACAAUGCCAAGUAUGGAGCAUGAUCCAUACUUGCUGUUAUGCAGGCCUUCUUGUUAUUUCAUAAUUUCUCCCAUUUGAAAUAUUUGUAAUGGAUUUGGUGUAAUAAUAGUACUGUUAGACUCAUGCUUGUUUGUCUGAUUGAAUGGAUUUGGAUGAAGGCUGGGAAAAGAAAUGGCAUCUACAGAUUGAUGUCACUUGGAUGAAGUUUUUUUUUUUCUGUGAUUGUGUUAAGUUAAUUAGUAUAAUUUAACAAGUGCUGUGAUGGCGUCUACAGAUAUAAUAUAUGUUAAGUUUAUUUUUUAUACUAUUUGUAACAAGUGCUGUGAUCUAACAAGUGUUGUUCUCUUUUUUUUUGGCCUGCAGGUGACUGACAGUGAAAGUGAGAGUGAGUCAGGGGACUCUACUGAUGGUGACCUUGUUCUGGAAACUUGUUUUAGGUGGUGCCCAAAUAGCUCAAGUUUAUGCUGAUAUGUACCUUCACAAAAAUCCACCAAGGACAUCAAUUCUUAGUGGCAUGGGAUGGUUGCUAGAGACAUUGCGGACUCCUGGUGAAUGUCAUUCACAGCUUCGUAUGAACACAGAUCUUUUUUUGGACCUAAAUGAUUUGUUGGUGCAAAGGUAUGGACUCGAACCAUCCCUGCAUAUGAGUACUCAUGAGAUGCUUGCAAUGUUUCUGUUUACAUGUGGUGGAAAUGAGUCCAAUAGGAGAGCUCAAAAUAGGUUCAAACAUUCUGGUGAAACCAUUAGUAGAAAAUUUGAUGAGGUUUUAAAUUCUUUGAUGGCCAUGGCAAAAGAUUACAUUCGACCAAAAGAUCCCAAUUUUCGUUCGGUUCAUAAGAGGAUAAGAGAUGAUAGAAGAACUUUUCCCCAUUUCAAAGAUUGUAUUGGUGCUCUUGAUGGAACUCAUAUCCGUGUGUCAUUGUCACCUGAUGAGCAAGUUAGAUAUAUUGGAAAAACUGGAAUUCCCACUCAAAAUGUGCUUGCCGUUUGUGACUUUGACAUGCGUUUUACUUAUGUUGCAACGGGUCAACCGGGAGCUAUGCAUGACACAAGUGUUUUAUACAAUGCAUUAAGAGUGGAUGAAAAAUUCUUCCCUCAUCCUCCACAAGGUACCACACUUGUAUUAUGCUCUCUAUUUGUGCUAACUGUGCAUGUGUUACUAAAAUGUAUCAAUAAUCAUACUAUGCUAUCUUUUGUAGGCAAAUACUAUGUUGUUGACGCAGGAUAUCCUAAUCGUCCCGGUUAUCUUGCUCCAUACAAAGGUGAGAGAUACCAUUUACCAGAGUGGCACAGAGGUAUGGAACCCAAUACUCCAAUGGAAAAAUUCAAUCGUGUGCACUCUUCCAUCCGCAAUGUUAUUGAGCGAUCAUUUGGAUUACUAAAAAUGAAGUGGCAAAUUCUGUACAAGAUGCCGUGCUACCCCAUGUACAAGCAAAAAAUGAUUGUUGUGGCUGCUAUGGUCCUUCAUAAUUACAUUCGUGAGCAUGGAGGUGAGGAUCCUGAUUUUGCUAGGUUUGAUCGUGACCCUAAUUUUAUUCCAACAAUACCAGAACGGUACAACAAAUACGCAGUUCCUCGAACGGCAUCUGAUGAGUCAACUCCCGAAAGAAGUGCAGGAACUAUGGAUCUCUUCCGUGAUGAACUAGCCACCGCUUUAUCAAUUUCUUGGCGCUAGAUUUGUAAGACAUAAGAUGAUAAUGUAUCUUUGUUGGACUUCAAUUAUGAACCUUUGAUUAAAAUGUGGUACCUUGUGCGGAUUUUGCUCCCAACUCGUUUCUCAAUUGCGGCAGAUUUGCAUGUGUUCCAUUAAGAUGUAAAAUAAAUAUUACGAUAAAAAAAUUAGCUACUCGGAGGUGCAAUUCCCUAGUACAGUAGCAGCAUUGCCAUGCGUGUUGCUUUGCACUGUGACUGUGCGCUCUCCAGUCUACUGUGUAGCUCGAUCGUGGCCGUUUUCGCGUUUUGCUGCAACAUUACCUCUCGCAGCAGGAUUGAAAUAGGUGCUUGCAUCGUCUUGAAAAAAGUCUAUUUUAUAAUUUUUUUAUUUUUUAUUAUAAAAAAAUUAGCUAUUCGAGCUAAUUUUGUACCGUUCUUGAAAUAGCUACUUGUAUCGUCUUGCAACAAGUCUAUUUUGUAAUAUAUUUUAUUUUUUAUUAUUGUUAUGGCUGUGAGAAAUAUUAAACAUCACUAUAUAUUAGUAAUCAACAUCCAUACAAGAUCCAUGGGCAAAACAGUCCUUUCACUCCUCCUACCAAAUCUGGAGCUGGACCAUAUGUAUUAUUACCCAAACAGGUGCUAGCUCCAGGAGCUCCCGGUGGAGAAGAUUUCCUGGAGAGGAGCUCAUUUUUUUUGUAGAGGAGCUCUCCCAAACAGCCCCUUAGGGUUUUUUUUGUUAGGCCAUACUUUUUUGAUGGGCCAAGAAAAAUGAAUAUCUAGUCUUUUCUAGGCCAAAUUCUAGGGUAGUCCUGGGCCUACAUGGACUACCCUUUGGGU